GAGGGACGGGGUGCCGCCCGAGUCGCCCUAGCAGAGGGGACGACGCGGGGGCCUGACCAGGUGGAGACUAUUGAGACAGUUGUUAGGGAAUUUCUUGUGGCUGAAGUUCUGUCAAGGUGACACAAAACACCAGCCACCUGCUCUUUUCGCCUGCUGUCUGCGACACCAUGUCUGAUGUAUCGUGCCAAGGGUGCUUGUAUCGAUUAGACGGCCAAAGCUAAUGAAGCUCCAAUUACCUUACCAGUAAACUCAUGUAAAUGGAUGGAUGUGCUUCUGCCUGCAAGAGGGCUGAUGCCAAUGUUGCCGGACCGAUUCGUCUGGAACAGCUUGCUCAGUGUUGGACGCCGGGACCGGGAGGGCUCUCAGCGAAACCACCGGAGAACUUUCUGAUCUCAUUUAGACAUUGUCAGCAAAUGCCGAUGCCUAGUCAGUUCCACAGUUCUGAAAUGGCUGGAAAUGAAGUAACUGUCAAACUCCACAGCCCCAGCUUUAGAAGAAGGCCCAACAAGUAAAUGCAGUCACUCAAGUGGUUGAACGUGACGAGACAACUGAGAACGAAAUCAGAGGACGAUGGUGCUACAACUCUUGCUAAAGCAUUGGAAGACAGGCACAUAGAUGAUAGUUCCAAUAGAGGUUCAUGUGAUGUGAGCAACAAACGUGUCAGCAGCUGGUUGGAGCAUGGCACGCACAGUCAGCCAGCAGAAGAUGAUGAAUGUGUUCAUGGACUGAACUCAAAAUGCAGAACCCUCAAGGUUGAGCAGGAUGAUUGAUUAAUCAUGUUUAGGUCAUCUAGCUUUGACCUCUGCUUCUGAGUGUUCACCGCGCAAGUUUCUUUCCUCUUAAAAUGGUGCGCUGUGGCUCCAGUUGUUGUUAUGUUGAACCGAGGCUAGAUGGCCUCGUGGUUUACCUGAACUUUUGUAACUUUCGAUCAGAUGCAACUUAUUUCAUGGUUUUAGCAACACCUUGUUUGUCCUGAAGGUCAGGUAAGCUGGACCCUUGAUAUGUGGCAUGUCGUGAUGCUUUGCUAUAGCAAGGCGCUGGUCAGGAAGAAGACAGCCAUGGAAUCGGCCUUUGCACUCAGAAUGGAAGAAGAUCCCUGAUCAACGAAUCGGUUUUUCAACUAAGCUACCUACUUUUGUGAUGUCCAGGGUAUAUCAGAAACCUUUUCAGCCUUGAGAAAGUUACUGCCCGUUGUUUGUUACAGUGGCAGUAAAUCAGUACCCAAUUAUGUAGCCGUGGGGGCCACCAAAGAAGGAUUUGGCGAGCCCGGGGCAUCACGGUUCACGAGCACUAUAGAAUUAGGCGUGUCAUGUCAGCGCGUUGGCCGCCUGCAGGCUCUCCGUGCCCAAGGGUUGAGCAAUGAGCGAGCCUGCCCUUGGGACACGGGAGAAUGAUGGUGAGCAUUGAGCAAUGAGCAUGCUUUCCCUGAUUUUGUACGGGGGAGUGGGGUAAAAGUUUGGACGGGACAUGCACUGUCUUCUGGGCUCGCCGGCAGGACGACCAUUGUGUAGGGGGGGCAAGUUCAUUAACUGUCUUCGGUCGACAUAAUAUUGUGUUGUGUAUAGUACAAAAUCAGCACCUAGCAAUAUUAACUAAAGAUUUAAAUACAACAUGCAGCUCUUCUGCCAAUUCGUUAAAAAAAAGAUUGACCAAAGAUAACCUAGCUAGAGCAUUUUUUUAGUAAAUGCAUGCGUGUUUUUUCAUGAAGAUGUCUUGGAUUUGCAGAACUUAUCCUCAUUUUUCAUUGUCUUGACAUUUCUUUGAUAUAUAUCACGUGAUAAUCCUAAAUAGUAAUUUUUCUUACUCUUUUAGCCUGUAAAAUCAUUUUUUGCGUCCAAUUUGGGUUUGUAAAUUUGUCCUCAAAUUGCUUGGAAGCACAUUGGAUGGUUACAGGUUGUUUGCUAUCAUGUUACUUUAGUGAACCACAACGUGCACUUUCCGGACACAAUAAUUGUUAUCUAGAUUUUGGAUGGAACAGGACUUGGUAGUUUAGUUGCGGUCUCGAGAGGAUCCAACUAUUCACGCCUCUUUUCUCAAAACGUUUCUUAAAAUCAAAACACCUCCUUGCAUGGAUAUUACGUAGGAGAUAAUGGCAAAAAUAGAUGUCAGGCAGGGAGCAACUUAACACACUUCUGCUUUAAUUUUAUUGAAAGGAUAACAAUAACCACAUCGUCUGAAGAAUGAAUAUGUAGGGUAUGUUACAUACCACUGAAAACAGUCAGGAUCAAACUCCAGAGAUGUUCAUGGCGGCGUUCGAAUUCCUGGAGGACAUGCUAGUUUCAACUUUGAACAAAACAUAUGCAUGUGCAUAUUCAGAUUUCAGAGGCAGAGGCAGCCGCACACCAUACGGCCCUGGCACAAUUAAACCUUGUUGCAGGGACACUGCAUCCUUCCUGUCAUCAUAGGUUUGGAGAUGUACUGAACAAGGGACAGUUGGUGUCCCUGUAAUUCUUCAAGGUCAGGAAAAUGGCUCCAUCACACAUGUGAAUGAACAAACAACGUACCUAAUAGCUUUGCAGGCACUGAAUCGAUCAGGCAAUCAAGACAUCUCUUAAAUGGAAUUCUCUUGUCCUUCGUUAGUGGCAGAGCCAAUUCAUAGAUGCUGGGCGCUGACAUGACGUCCACCUGUCCUGUGUUGUCGACUGAGUGCAGUUGUAGAGGCUCUGCGUGUUUCCUUGACGUGGGAUCACCCGUAUGCCACUGCAAUUUACUGUUGUCCGGCAGCCAAUGCCCUUCUGAACUUGAUCACAUUGACAUUCCAUUAUUUGAGCAAAUGCAUAUGCACACUGAAAGAAAAUUUAUCUACACUAAAGGAAUCAGCCAAUCAUGACAUUCUUGACUGUUCAAAUGGACUGCGUAGUUUAAUUUGUUCAAAGCAUGCUGGAUGCUCCUUUAAAUAUAUAACGACUCCACACGUAGCGGUGUGCACUCAAGUGCAGCCAACCGGGCCAAACUUGCUGUAGUGGGAUAUCCCAUCUCCAUGCUGUGUCACCACCACCACAAGUAACACCUGCUGACUUCGACGAGCAACCAGAGAAGGCGAAGAGAGAAGCAAUGGAGACCAAGGUCGACGAAGAGGCACCAGCGGUGGCGGCGGUGCCGUCACGGUUCAGGAGGAUAUGUGUCUUCUGUGGAAGCAGCCAUGGCAAGAAGAAGAGCUACCAGGAUGCUGCCAUUGAGCUUGGAAAAGAGCUGGUGGCAAGAAACAUUGAUCUAGUGUAUGGAGGAGGGAGUGUAGGGUUGAUGGGCCUGGUCUCUCAAGCAGUGUACAAUGGAGGAAGGCAUGUCAUUGGGGUGAUUCCCAAGACACUCAUGCCUAGAGAGAUAUCAGGUGAGAUGGUGGGGGAGGUGAAAGUGGUGGCUGAUAUGCACGAGAGGAAGGCUGAGAUGGCCAGGCAGUCCGAUGCCUUUAUAGCAUUGCCCGGAGGAUAUGGAACACUUGAAGAGCUGCUAGAAGUGAUUGCAUGGGCUCAACUUGGCAUUCAUGAUAAACCGGUUGGGCUGCUGAAUGUGGACGGCUACUACAACCCACUGCUGUCUUUUAUCGACAAAGCAGUGGAAGAAGGGUUCAUCAAACCAACUGCUCGGAAUAUCAUCGUCUUGGCUCCAACUCCCAAGGAAUUGAUCCAGAAGCUAGAGGGGUACUCGCCUCAGCAUGAGGAAAUUGUGCCGAAGAUGAAAUGGGAGACGGAAGAGGUGAGCUACCCUCAGAACUACGAGAUCCCGAGGCCAAAGGAGGGGAAGACGAUCGUGGAACCGCAGCGGGGAAGCAAGCUGUGGAUGUAGUGCCAAGCUACUAACACCCCAGUAAUGUAAGAUAGAUUUGCAUAUUGGCAUGAUGAGAACCACCUCACUGUAUCCUCCUCUUCAGUGUGUCCUGUAAUUUCGUCAGGAUUUGCGCAAUCCUGAAACCUGCAGGUUGGUGUUGGUCAUUGGUGUAAGAUUACCCUAUGUUAUAUGUACUGCAAAAUCAGUAGAGCUAUAUUGCUGCA